AUGGUUGCUACUAUUCAAAAGCCUGCUCCUUCUUUCACCAAGACCGCCGUCAUUGACGGUGUUUUCGAGGAGGUUUCCUUGGAACAAUACAAGGGUAAGUGGGUGUUGUUGGCUUUCAUUCCAUUGGCUUUCACCUUUGUCUGCCCAACUGAGAUCAUUGCCUACUCCGAUGCCGUCAAGAAGUUCGCUGGUAAGGACGCCCAGGUGUUGUUUGCCUCCACUGACUCUGAGUACUCUUUGUUGGCCUGGACUAACGUGGCCAGAAAGGAUGGUGGUUUGGGCCCAGUGGACAUCCCAUUGAUUGCCGACACCAACCACAGCUUGUCUAGAGACUACGGUGUCUUGAUUGAGGAGGAGGGUAUUGCCUUGAGAGGUAUCUUCUUGAUUGACCCUAAGGGUACUUUGAGACAGAUCACCAUCAACGACUUGCCAGUCGGUAGAUCCGUGGAUGAGUCCUUGAGAUUGCUUGAUGCCUUCCAGUUCACUGAGAAGUACGGUGAGGUUUGCCCAGCCAACUGGCAGGAGGGUUCUGAGACCAUCAAGCCUGAUGUUGCUCAGUCCAAGGAGUACUUUGGAAAGGUUAACCAGUAA